GUUCACACUGUUAGAGAGGAAGGAAGGGUCAUAGACACCACUUCUCUCUUUUAUCAAACAUUCAGUUUGUCAGCAACUCUAAAAGAACUUACAGGGACGGAUACUUUCAACCAAACUUAUAAUGAAAAUGGUCCUUUACCAUUUAUUUUACAUCCUGUUAAUUUUCACCUUUACCCCAGGACUCUCAGUGAACGGCUGCAUUAUAAAUGUCACACAGCCACAGGAGCGUCUUCAUGGGAGAUUCAACCAGUCAAUCUCCAUCUCCUGCCACGUCAACAUGUCUUGCCCAAACAGCAUACCUGACAUGCUAUGGUAUGUGUUCCGGACAGACUCCUAUUAUCAACUGGGUAUAAAGAAUCAGCCAACAAAGUAUAGAUUGGAAGGCACAGAACUACACAUCAACUGGCUCUCACACAGUGAUGAUGGCGUGUAUUACUGCGCUGUGUCUGACAGAGUUGCAGCCAACAGUGGCGCACAGGCUAUUGGGACUGGCACAACACUGACAGUGAAAGAGAAUGAAUAUAACACUGGACAAGUUCUGCUGUUCACACUGGUGGCUUUACUGUCCCUCUAUUGUUUAAUAAUCCUGGCUCUCGUCAUCUUUAUAAAGAGUGGACGAGUCAAGCUGUUAAAAGGAAGACAAAGACAAAGCCAGGGCAAGGAUGACUCAACCAGGAGAGUUCACUUUGGCGCUGUGGUGCAAGAACUGUACAGCAAGAGGAACUUGCGAAGAAUCAAGAAAAACACGUCCACUGAAGUUUCACAAGAAAACAAGGUUGAAAAUCCACAGUCCCGCACUGAGAGAGAAGACGUAUACCAAAACAUGAAAAGUGCUCAAAAAAACAUCAGCUCAAAGCACCAAAAGCCCUCUGCUGUAUAGUACACAAAGAACAAAAGAAUCAAAACAUAAAUGAAGGAAAGAGGAACAUUCAACUUGGGAACCAGUUCUUGCUCCUUUGUCCUAAUCUAUACUAUUAGAAGCCAAACUGAGAAAAUAUCUAAUAUAUAUAUAUAUAUAUAUAUAUAUAUAUAUAUAUAUAUAUAUAUAUAUAUAUAUAUAUAUAUACACACACAAUGGCUCCAAUUUCAAAUGUGAAACUGCCGAGUGAUAUUCUCUGUUUCACAUCUCCAUAGUGCUUCAUUGUCACUUUUAAAUAUUUUCAGUUAUUUGUUUAUUUUAAUUUCUCUGUGAUAAAGUUAUACAUGUUUUUUUUUUAUUAAUCUGUCCAGUGCUACUCCUGAAGUAAAUUUAGCUUAAAAAAGUUAACUAGUUGCUAAAUGUAUAAGAAUGGAUAUAACAUUUUUUUCUGUUAAAGGUGUAUAAUUAAACAAAAUAUAAUUUGCAGUAAAUGUAGAGCACAAUAUAUACCAAAGGCAGAAGAACACACGUGUGCCUGGGAAAACCCAUCACAUGGUGAGAUUUUGACAUUUUCAUCUAUUUAUAUUACUGGAAACUACAGGCUUUCAUGAACUGAAAUGCAUUUCCCUUUUCCAUGUAUCUCAAUCAGGCAUAAAGUUUUAGUGUUUUCAAAAGUGAAAAGGGAGAAAACUGCAUUUAAAGAUCACAGACAUUUUGAGAGCCACUAUGUGAUUACAAACAGAACUGAUUUUCCAUUUGUUAUUGCACAUAGCUAUCAGACAAGUUAAACAAGGCCGAAAAUUGUGAGAGGAAAUCUUAGUUUUUAGACAUCUUUAUGCAGACUGAUUGCAUGUGUUGCUGCAUUUAUUAAACUGGCCACUUACCCCA